AUGGCACCCUCACCGCGGGUUCUCAUUAUUGGCGCUGGCAUCGUCGGCGUCAACGUUGCUGAUGAGCUGGUCUCUCGCGGCUGGACCGACAUCACGGUCCUGGACCAGGGACCUCUGGACAUGCCUGGUGGCUCAACCUCUCACGCCCCUGGCCUUGUAUUCCAGACAAACACAUCAAAGACUCUCAGCAAGAUGGCCACUUACACAGUUGAGAAGCUACUAUCACUAGACUGCUUCAACCAAGUCGGUGGUUUAGAAAUCGCUACUACUCCUGCACGACUGGAGGAGCUCAAGCGAAAAAGGGGAUAUGCUUACUCUUGGGGCAUAGAGGCGAAUCUCAUCAGCCCUGAGAAGUGCCUUGAGUUGUACCCCUUGCUGGAUAAGAGCAAGGUUCUUGGUGGUCUUCACAUUCCUACUGAUGGUCUUGCACUGGCUCGUCCUGCUCAAGCGAAGCUUAUUGAGCGAACGCGAGCAGCUGGUGUCAAGUAUCACGGAUCUACAGUGGUCACAUCCAUCGACCACCACGACGGCCACGUCUCAGCUGUCCACACCAAGAAUGGAACUUUCGAGGCUGAUAUCGUCAUCUCAUGCGCUGGAUUCUGGGGUGUUGAGAUCGGAGCCAUGGUUGGCCUGCCAGUUCCCCUGACACCAAUGGCUCACCAAUAUGUGCACACAAAGUCGGUUCCUUGCCAGAAGGGCAAGAAUGAGGAGCCCAACGGUGCCAAACUUCCCAUCCUCCGUCACCAGGAUCAGGAUCUCUACUACCGUGAGCACGGUGAUCACAUCGGCAUUGGAUUCUACGGCCAUCGCCCAAUGCCCGUUGUUGCAGCCUCGCUUGGCGAGACGCCCAAGAACGUCGAUUCCCGAAACAUGCCAUCCAGCCUUAAAUUCACUCCCAAGGACUUCGCACCAGGUUGGGAACUGUCGAAGGAGAUCCUUCCUGCUCUCCGAGAAACCGAGAUUGACCACGGUUUCAACGGUAUCAUGUCUUUUACCCCCGACGGUGGCCCUCUUGUCGGCCAGGCCCCCAACUUUGACAACUUCUACGUCGCUGAGGCUGUCUGGGUCACACAAUCUGCUGGUGUCGGAAAGGCACUUGCUGAGCUUCUCACUACGGGCCGAUCUGAGAUCGACCUCUCUGAGUGCGACAUCUCCCGCUUUGAGCAGGUUCAACUUUCUCCUGCAUAUGUUGCCGAAACAACAUCUACACAGUUCGUCGAAGUCUACGAUAUCCUCCACCCCCUCCAGCCCAAGGAGUCACCCCGCAACCUCCGAGUCAGCCCCUUCCACCAGCGCCAGCAGGAGCUCGGUGCCUACUUCCUCGAGGCUGGUGGUUGGGAACGCCCUCACCACUUCGAUGCCAACGAGAAGCUGCUCAAGGACUUGCCCGAGGCUUGGAAGCCUGUCGAGCGAGAUGCUUGGUCUUCUCGAUACUACUCUGCUACUCCUAUUCGACGGCUGGAGAUCACUGGUCCUGGUGCUGCUGAGCUGCUUCAGCGCUUGACGACUGGCAACGUUGCUGGAAAGGUUGGCAAGGUGACAUUCACCCUGCUCUUGGAUAACCAGGGUGGUAUCAAGAGUGACAUCUUCGUCGCUCGACUCGGAGAGGAUCUCUUCCAUCUCGGAGUCAACGGCCCCGUCGACCUUCACUACUUCACACGCGAGGCCAAGGUUCAGACCAAGGCCAGCCCUCACCGAGCAGUCCAGGUCCGCGACAUCACCGGUGGCCUCGCUGCCGUUGGAGUCUGGGGUCCCCGUUCCAAGGAUCUCAUCAAGCUCGUCAGCAAGGACGACUUCUCCGACCGGGCUCUGCCUUAUCUGAGCGUCAAGAAGGCUGAGAUCUCUGGCAUUCCCGUCAUCGCCACCAACUUCUCAUACAUUGGCGAAGAAGGCUGGGAGAUCUACACAACCGCCGACAACGGUCUGCGACUCUGGGAUGCUCUUUGGCAGGGUGGCCAGCCUUAUGGAGCCAUUGCUGCUGGUCGAAGCGCCUUCAACGCUCUCCGCAUCGAGAAGGGCUUCCGAUCUUGGGGUACCGACAUGACCUCUGAGUACGACCCCUACGAGGCUGGACUCGAGUUUGCUCUUCAGCCAGGUAAGGAUGGCUACGUUGGCUACAACGCCCUCAAGGGUCGGUCUAGCGAGAAGGUGUCUCGCCGCAUUCGCGGUCUCACUAUCGACGAUGGUCGCUCCGUCAUUCUCGGCAAGGAGCCAGUGUUCGUCAAGGGCCGUGCUGUUGGCUACGUAACAAGCGCAGCAUUCGGAUACAGUGUCCGCAAGCCUAUUGCCUACGCAUACCUACCCAAGGAAGUCCUCGAAGGUGACAAGGUAGAGAUUGAGUACUUCGGCAAGCGCAUCAAGGCUACCGUUACAUCUCUGCCAUUUUACCAGCCCGAGAAGAGCGCAUAUGGCCAGACCUCCCAGGCCAGCUUCUCCGCUCGUCUGUAG